AUGGAUGCUUACUGCAAGGAGAUACAGAAGCUAGAGGCCAAAUCUUAUGGCCUGGAAUUCCAUCAUGUCCUCAAGGACUACAACGCCGCACCAGAUGUCCUCUCCAAGCUUGGCUCCAAACGAGCCCUCGUCCCGGUGGGAGUCUUCGUCCAGGUGCUCAACAUCCCCAUGGUGAAGUUCGAGGAGGAUCCUCCCACCAAGCCAGACUUGGUACUAACCGAGGGUCAGAAAGUACUCAUCAUCAAGUUCGACUGGCGGGCUCCCAUCAUCGACUUCAUCAUCCAAAACAAGUCUUACCCCGAGAAGAAGGAACACAAAAAGCUCUCCAGAUGA